GGAGUCAGAAUCCUGCACACUCGACCGGAAACGACGCGGACGCAGCGUCGUAGCGUCGUCUGUUGCAAAAGAAGGCGGAGGAGAAGAGCCGUCCCCCGCAGAGCUGCACCGAGGUCUCCCUCUCCUGCACGCGGGAGAUGACGCGUCUGUAGCCGGCUUCCCUCGUCGCAGAGCGGGCUGUGCGGGCCGGUCCUUGGAGCGUGUCUGUGAUGGAGGCCAGAGGAGCCGACGCCCUCCUGCAGCGCCCCUGGCUCCCCGUGAGCAUCGGCGGCUGCCGGCUGCUCGCCAAGAGCUGCUUCGGGGAGGCGGCGUACCGCCUCCUGCUGACGGACGGGAGCUGUGUGUGGGAGGAGAGGAUGGACUCCGCCGCCAUCCAGAGGAGAGCGCAGGAGCUGAACAGACGUCUGCGGGCCAAGGUGGAGGCGUUCUUCUCCCACCUGUGUGAGGUGGCUCAGCCCUGCCUGACAGGAAGUGACGGGCAGGCCGACGGCGAGACCCAGAUCUCCCUGACGCGCCAGGAGGACGGAAACAUCGCGAUUAAGCUGAAGAGCGAGCUGGUGGGGCUGCCCUUCUACUGGGAGUUCCACUGCACCCCCGCCCCCGUCACUGUGGCAUGUGCUCAGCUGGUGCGCCCCCUGCUGGCGAUGAGCCACCUGCUGCAGUGGCAGGUGGAGCAGCUGGGAAGUCUGCUGGGGAGGAAAGAUGCAGAGAUCCAGGACUACAGAGAGAACGGAGCGGUGCUCAGCAGAGAGCGGCUGCAGACGGACGUCUUUGUGGAGAAAACGUACAGAGAGGACUUCAUGACAAAGGCUCUUCCUCUGCUCCCUGCUGACCGCUCCGGCCCUCUGGGCCUCGACGCCGACCUCCGACGUCUGUACGCGGUCGUCGUUGCCCACGACAACGCCCGCAAACGGUCUUCGGACCAGCGGCCGGCAGAAGAAGAAGAAGAAGCGGACGCCGCGGCGUCUUCAGGUGGAGCCGACCCCGGAGCAGGCGGGCCGGGGGACGCCGCUGCCGCAGCCAAGAUGGCCAACAGACCUGCAGAGCAACAGGUCGGACCCACUGAAGAAAAGCCUCGACCGGUGUCCAGAACUGCAGAGCGAGCGUCCUCCAAACCAAAGAAGAAGAAAGUGGGCCUGUUCCGAUGAGCGCGAGCAGUCAGGAAGAGCUUUUUAGAAGACAACGUGCUUUUCCUUUUAAACACAUUCUUAUUUUUAAACUUUUAUUUUGAAAUUGAUGUUUUUAUUGAUGUUUUUAAAAAAUCAGGGUUUAAGAUGUUAACAUACAAAAGGCUUUUAGAUGAAACAUGCUAUUGAAUAAUAAUCAAUAUUUUAAACUGUUUAAUUAAAGAUGAACGUCAUUUUUAA